AUGCGCACACCCGACGAGGCUACAGCAAGUACCAGGGCGUUCCUCAUCAAGCUCAUCCACUACUCACAUCUCAAUCCCAAGGUUUCGUAUUCGAGUAGGGGCUAUGUUUUCCGAGGGUCAAUCAAGACAGACGGAUAUCGGAUCCAGCUGCUCGCUUUCAAACUGAGAGAGCUCAGUUGUGUCAAGUAUCAACGAUUGCGUGAGGACAAGCGGCCAGACUCGCUAAUAUCGACGCUUGGAUGCACCGACCACUACCUCACGGAGAUCCGUAACGUGGUCAAGACGACGGAGGACGUCAACCGGAUCUGGAAUUGUGACCCCAACGAUAUCAAGUUUCUCGGGAUUGACCUGGGGCAGGUAUUUGUCGUUGGCGCUAGUGCCAUCUUACCUUCGUCCGCGUCGGUUACUUCAACUGAUGAAGAGAAGCAAGGAGCCAUCACCGAGAUCGAUAUACCUAUGUCAACUCAGUUACACAACCUGGCAGUCAGCCAGAAGGCCAUCUACCAGCCAACAUUCAAACACAGACGAUGGCUCGAACAGAGGAAGGGACGUGCAGUCGAGGGCACGGAGUCAAUCGCUCACAAGGAGACCAACUUGCCGCCGCUCCGUGGACCAGAAGCAUCGAUCACCGAGCAUGUCAAGCGGCCCAGGGUUGUUGAGUCGGAUCUGCACCAGUGGGAUGCAAAGCGAGCAAGGGAUCAAGAGUUCAAACUGGUCGGAAAACGCCAUUUAGAGUUGGUUGGAGGUACUCCAGGCGCGAAACGGGACGGAAAAAAUAAGGUCAUCAUCGGUGUAGGACUCGGAGAGUUCUCUUCGAGUUCACGGUUGUCGUCCCUCCACACAGCAUUUCUCAAGUACUUUGUGCAGUUGGCCCGAUCUUUGGAUUAUAUCAUAGUCGGAGUCAAUGAAUACUCUACGUCCAAGCGGUGUCUAGUGUGUCUCGAGUUUGUUGCCAAAGACGUUAUGGCUGCUCAUAACAUGUGUAACAUCAUCCAGGGACACUUACUUGACGACAAGAACGGAGUCUACAUCUGGGAAAUGGAGGAGAACACUCAGUCUGUCGAGUCUAUGUGA